UCCGAAGGGAGCUGGAGCCAGCGCUCGGCUGCCUGCGGGGAGAGGGGCGGGCACGGCUGGAAGCAGUCGGAGGGAUCUGCAGGGAGAGCUCCAGACCUGGCUGGCACAGGCAUGCCGGUGCUGUCGGAGGACUCGGGUCUGCACGAAACCCUGGCGCUGCUCACCUCUCAGCUCAGACCAGACUCCAACCACAAGGAGGAGAUGGGCUUUCUGAGGGAUGUUUUCAGUGAAAAAAGCCUCAGUUACUUAAUGAAGAUUCAUGAGAAGCUUCGCUAUUACGAACGGCAGAGUCCGACUCCAGUUCUGCACAGCGCUGUGGCUCUCGCGGAGGAUGUGAUGGAGGAGCUGCAGGCUGCCUCCGUGCACAGUGACGAGAGGGAGCUGCUCCAGCUGCUGUCCACCCCCCACCUCAGGGCUGUGCUCAUGGUACAUGACACAGUUGCCCAGAAGAAUUUCGACCCUGUCCUCCCCCCUCUCCCUGAUAAUAUCGACGAAGAUUUUGAUGAGGAAUCGGUGAAGAUUGUCCGCUUGGUGAAGAACAAGGAACCCCUGGGUGCCACGAUCCGGCGGGACGAGCGUUCGGGGGCUGUUGUGGUGGCCAGGAUCAUGAGAGGGGGUGCGGCAGACCGGAGUGGCCUGGUCCACGUGGGAGACGAGCUCCGAGAAGUGAACGGGAUCGCGGUCCUGCACAAGCGGCCCGACGAGAUCAGCCAGAUCCUGGCCCAGUCCCAGGGAUCCAUCACCCUAAAAAUCAUCCCCGCCACCCAGGAGGAGGACCGCUUGAAGGAGAGCAAGGUGUUCAUGCGGGCUCUCUUCCACUACAACCCCCGGGAGGACCGGGCCAUCCCCUGCCAGGAGGCGGGCCUGCCCUUCCAGCGCAGGCAGGUCCUGGAGGUGGUGAGCCAGGAUGACCCCACGUGGUGGCAGGCCAAGCGAGUGGGGGACACCAAUCUCCGUGCCGGCCUCAUCCCAUCCAAGCGGUUCCAGGAGAGACGAUUAAGCUACCGGAGAGCCACGGGCACCCUGCCGAGCCCCCAGAGCCUCAAGAAGCCCCCCUCUGGUCUUCGGAGGAGCUUCCGGCUGGGCUGUAGGGAGAGGCUGGGUGGCUCACAGGAAGGGAAGGCGUCCUCAGUAGCGGAGCCUCCGGAGCUGCUGACAUAUGAAGAGGUGGCCAGGUACCAACACCAGCCCGGAGAGCGGCCCCGCCUGGUGGUUCUGAUCGGGUCUCUGGGAGCCCGACUGCACGAGCUGAAGCAAAAGGUGGUGGCUGAGAACCCACAGCACUUUGGGGUUGCUGUUCCACAUACCACCAGGCCCCGAAAGAGCCAUGAGAAGGACGGAGUGGAAUAUCACUUUGUCUCUAAGCAAGCAUUCGAGGCCGACUUACACCACAACAAGUUCCUGGAACACGGCGAGUACAAAGAGAAUCUCUACGGAACGAGCCUGGAUGCCAUUCAGGCUGUUAUGGCCAAAAACAAAGUUUGUUUGGUGGACGUGGAACCGGAAGCACUGAAACAACUGAGGACCUCAGAGUUCAAACCCUAUGUUAUAUUUGUGAAGCCUGCAAUCCAGGAACAAAGAAAGACGCCACCUAUGUCCCCAGCUUGUGAGGACACAGCAGCCCCACUUGACGAGGAGCAGCAAGAGAUGGCCGCAUCUGCCGCCUUCAUAGACCAGCAUUACGGGCACCUGGUGGACGCUGUGCUGGUGAAGGAAGAUCUUCAGGGCGCCUACAGCCAGCUCAAAGUGGUCUUAGAGAAGCUGAGCAAGGGCACUCACUGGGUGCCUGUUAGUUGGGUCAGGUAACUGUAUCCCAGAACAGCUUGGCUGGAUGGGACUUUGAAGACCAUGUAGUCCAGUCUCCCUCAUUUCACCAUCGAGGAGUCUCAAACGCAGAGAGGGGCAGAAUUCUCCACAGAUUCCAUCAUCAAGAAGAGUAGAAGUGGGAAGUCUUGUUCGUUGUUGGUUUUGUCUGUUGUUUUGCACUUGCCCCUCUUGGGAUCGUGAGUUGAAAGGGGCAUAUCAGAAAACAACACAUUUCAUUCAUUAAAGUGUCACAGGCAAGUUGACCCUGAUUCUUUGUACCAAAGUUAAGUAGCCACUGUCUUUUUGGGGGUGGUGGUGGUUAAUUUAUACAGCACUGAUUUGUAGAGAUGUUUAAGCUUUAUAAACAUAGUGACACUUCAUUUAUCUGAGUUUGUUGGAAGCUAAGUUGUUUUACUCAAGAGGAUUUUCCAUGCAGCUGAAGUUCUCCUGUCUUCAAAGCACUAAAAUGUUGAUUUUAACUUUUUUUUUUUGAUAGUGAGUGCUUGCCUGGUAAUAGAAAACUUGGCUCUCUGCUUUUUUAAAUAGUGAGCGUACAUGACCUUUUUCUGGAAAACUGAGGCACACUUGACCAUCAACGGGAAUUACUGUGCUAUUCUGUAAUGCAGUAGUGCCUUCAGGGUCUCUUGAGGAAUGUAAGGCCACCUUCCCCUUUCUAAAUACCCUCAGAUUCCUAAAGUUGAGCCCUUGCUUUGUUUGAUUUGUCUGUAUCACCAGUGGUCCCUCUUGUUACUGACGAUCGCCUUGGUUCUAGCCUGUCCCUACACUGAGAUUAUAGGGGCUCCUGUUGCGCUAGAUUGUGGGGAACCAGAUGCCUCUCCCUGUUAAAACUAUGUCUAAGCCAUAGUAAAGCAUUUCUGUCCAAAUAAAAGUAUAUAGACUCAGAGUGUGGGCCUGAUGGGUUGUCUCUGAGCAAAAAUGAUGAAUGUCA